AUGUCCUGCUCGGUCGCCAUCCCCAGCUCGCCGGUCUUCUCCCCGUCGCGCCGCCCGCUCUCCUGCAAGGCCGCCUCCGCCUCGCCGGACUCCUCGCCCGCGCCGCCGCCCUCCGCCGCCGGCUCGCCGCUCCGCCCCUUCUCGCUGCUGCGCGCCCAGAUCCGCGACGAGGCCUCCCCGACGCCUCAGAAGGCCGCCCCCGCCGGCUCGGUGCUGAAGAGGCGGCGCCCGGCGCCGCUCUUGGUGCCGGUGGACGGCGCGGCGGUCGCUGCUGCCGCUGCGGCGGCUGUGGCCGCCGUCGAGUCGGAUCCGAGCAACGAGGUGGAGGAGGCGGCGGAUGAGUUCGCCGCCUACUGCCGCAGGGGGAGGGGCAGGAGGAGGGUGGAGAUGGAGGACCGGCAUGUCGCCAAGGUCGCGCUCGGCGGAGACCCCGAUGUGGCGCUGUUUGCCGUCUUCGACGGCCACGGCGGGAAGAGCGCGGCGGAGUUCGCCGCCGAGAACAUGCCCAGGUUCAUGGCAGAGGAGAUGAACAAGGUUCACGGCAGUGACAGCGCCGAAAUCGAGGCGGCUGUAAAGACGAGUUACCUCAAGACGGACGAGGAGUUCCUCAAGAGGGAGGAGAGCGGAGGGGCAUGCUGCGUCACCGCAUUGCUGCACAAGGGCGGCCUCACCGUGUCCAACACAGGGGACUGCCGCGCCGUCCUCAGCCGGGCCGGAAAGGCGGAGGCGCUCACCUCCGACCACCGGGCCGCCCGCGACGACGAGAGGCAGAGGAUCGAGAACCUGGGCGGAUUCGUGGUGAACUACCGAGGAACAUGGCGGGUGCAGGGCUCCCUGGCGGUGUCCAGAGGCCUCGGCGACGCGCACCUGAAGCAGUGGGUGGUCGCCGACCCAGACAGCAGGACACUCCUCGUCGACCCGGAGUGCGAGUUCUUGUUGCUCGCCUCCGACGGCCUGUGGGACAAGGUGGAUAACCAGGAAGCCGUGGACAUCGCCAGGCCUCACUGCAUCGGCAGCGACAAGGCUUCUCGCGUCGAUGCGUGCAGGAGGCUUGUCGAAACCGCGGUUUCCAGGGGCUCCACCGACGACAUCAGCGUUCUGAUCAUACAACUGCACAAGUUCGCAGCUUCUUCUUGACUUGACAUUGCUAGGAAGUAGC